CCGUGGCUCCUGCAGAAGGGCGCCUCAGACCCCUUCUACAGUUCACUUACAACGGUCUCUCAUAAUCUUCGACCUAAGCUCUCACAGGAAUUCAGUCUCGGAGCCAUAGCAUCCCACCUGGCUGCGCAAUACGGGUGUCCUUGCGGUUGCUGCUGGAAGGAGAUUCGAAGUUGUUUGUUGUCUUUCCAGUGAACAGCCAAUUUCAGUCGCCUCCAUUGGGGGCAACGGCAUGAAGUGCAUUGAACUUGUCGUUCUAUGAACAUCUACACUGUGUAUCUCCUUAAACCAUUAUGAAGUUCAUUGGACUACCUUUCGCCCUCGGUGUCUUGAGUCUCUGGUGUGUUGACGCUGAUUCCACCUCCAACGUUACAUGGAUUAUCGUACCAGUAGGAAAUGCAUCUGUCAGCAAGCAGCUAAAGAAUGAGUCUGUAGUAAUCAUGCCGAAAUGGACGAUUAUGCCAAGAGAUUUUGACGCUGAACCGAAGAAGAAAGAUGAUGGUCCUCUUAAGUGUGGGUCGCAUGAGAUGUUCCCUGGCCAGUCUGUCAUUAUUCAGUCCCAGAAUUACCCUGACAGAUAUCCCAAUAACUAUCAGUGUAAAUGGAUCUUUAAGGUAACCUCAACGUCAUCUCGAGUAUCAAUAUCAUGCAAUGCAUUUUGGUUGAAAGGCUGCAAAAAGUCGUCUGUGGACGUUGAAGGUGGAAAAGUAAGGCGACGGUAUUGCGGAAAAAAGAGCAAAAUCUCGGUAAAAAGCAGCGAUAACUCCAUGACCGUUUUAUUUACAACAACCUCGAGCAAAAAGAGAAGCACGGGGUUCUCUUGCCAAGUAUCCUCCACAGAAGUGCAGGAAUCUCCAGAAGCGACCUCUUCUGAAACGUCAGCCUCACCCUCAACACCGCCUUCACCCAUCACGUUAGCCUUCACAACUUUAACGGCUGGGGAAAAAUCAUGUCAACCUUGUGGAACUAAACACCGAGUCACGCGUAUCGUUGGAGGGAGAGAGACGGACAUGAACGAGUACCCUUGGCAAGUAGCGAUUGUUGUCGGUGGAACAAAUCAAGUUUUCUGCGGAGGUGCUUUGCUCAACAGCGGGGUCGUUCUUACGACAGCAAGCUGCGUUAUAAAGAUAGAGCAAUCAGGAAAGGCCACAGAAGUUCUCGUGGGGGCGCACAAUCUCAGCAAACCAUCCUCAACUCAGCAGAGAAUAUCUAUUUAUUACGGCGGUUAUUUUCCCGAAUACAAUCCGAAAACAUUUGAUCACGACGUCGGAGUUCUGUGGCUCGUGGACAAUGCAGACCUGAGUGAUGCUGUUAAACCCGCUUGUCUUCCAGAUGGCUCUAAAGACUAUAGUGGGUAUGAUGCUAUUGUCACUGGUUGGGGCAGCCAACGUGAAGGUGGUUUAGCUUCCAUGGUUCUUAAUGAGGUGGUCGUCCCAACUAUGAACAGCUCUGUAUGCAACGACUACUAUGGGGGAUUAAUAACACGGAACAUGCUCUGCGCCGGAUACGAAGAAGGUGGCAGAGACGCUUGUAGUGGUGAUUCCGGCGGACCAUUGGUAGUGCAAGAGAAUGGGAGAUGGAUCCUUGUUGGCAUCACUUCAUGGGGUAUUGGAUGUGGCCGACCUAACUUUCCUGGAGUUUACGUCAAAGUUUCUAAUUACGUUGAUUCAUUAUUGACCGUCAUGACGGGAUACGGGGAAAAUAACCUGUGUAAAGGCGCUACGAGGACAACAACAACAACAAUAGGCACAGCAACAAUAACAACAACCACUCUGCCGCCCAUUACAGGUGGUUGCAGAUGUGGCAGACGAAACCCCGGGACAAGGAUUGUUGGAGGAGUGGCGACAAGAGUGCAUGAAUAUCCCUGGCAGGUUGGGCUGACAAACAAAAAUCUCAAGAGACCUUACUGUGGUGGUUCCAUCAUUUCUGAUGAAUGGAUCCUGACAGCGGCUCAUUGUGUCAGGGGAGUUAUAGUAUCAAACAUUAUUGUGGUAAUUGCUGAGCACAACUGGGGCACCACAACGGACACUUCUUAUACGAACAGAAGAAGCGUCAUAACUAGCAUCAUUCAUCCUAAUUACGACACCAAAACCCAGAAUAAUGAUGUUGCACUACUACAGUUAUCGACACCAAUUACUUUCACCAGUGACAACAAGAUUGCUCCUGUGUGUCUCCCAACGAAACAGACCGCUUAUGAUAAUGUAGAGGCCAUCGUCACUGGUUGGGGAACAACUUCCUCAGGCGGAAAGCAAACGUAUGAGUUAAAUGAAGUAGCAAUACCAACUAUGUCCAAUAAUGAAUGCAGAAAGUCAUAUGGCAGCUACAUAACAGGUAAUAUGAUCUGUGCAGGAUUACCUGAAGGUGGAAAGGACUCUUGUCAGGGAGAUUCUGGUGGACCAAUGGUAACUGGAAGCGACUCUGCUGGGAAAUUCAUGGUGCAAAUAGGUGUAGUGUCCUGGGGCUAUGGCUGCGCUUAUUCUCAUUAUCCCGGAGUGUACACCAGGGUGACAAAUUACCUCUCUUGGAUAUCAGAUAAAACAUCUGGUUCUAAGACUUGCCCAAGACUUUGAGUAUUGAAGAGGAUCGCAAGAAGCAGAAAAUGUCAACAAGAAGACUUACCUAGAAGAGUUAUAUCAUUUGUUGUUGAUAUUUCCUUAAUGUGUUUCAACCAUUGGGAAAUUCCUUCAGUUUGAAUUACCCUUAAGCGUUCAGUUCUAAAUAUAUUUGUUACGAAUUAAAAUAUUAAAUAAU